AUGGCUUCUUCUACUGCUUUGAAGGGUAUAUUUCUGUCGUCAUUUCUGGCUCAAGAUGCUCACACUUCGUCUAGUUUGCUUUAUCCAUUCGUUACUGCAGCAAGGCAGUCAAGCAACCGCAAGUUUACUCGGAUUACCGCUAUUACGAAGGACAAGGCAACUAAUGAAAUAGAACACCUAGAAAGGGUGAACGGGAGCCCCGCAAACACCCUCAAGUACUCCGGGGAGAAGCCGGCCACACCCAUCUUGGAUACCAUUCGUUAUCCGGUCAAUAUGAAGAAUCUUUGUGUCAAGGAUCUUCAGAAGUUGGCUGAUGAGCUUCGUGAAGAGAUUGUCUAUACGUUAUCCAAGACCGGCGGUCACCUAAGCUCGAACUUAGGGGUGGUUGAGUUAACCGUCUCACUUCACCAUGUUUUCAACACCCCCGACGACAAGAUCAUCUGGGAUGUUGGCCACCAGUCGUACCCACAUAAGAUAUUGACAGGAAGGAGAUCAAGAAUGGGAAUGAUUCGACAAACAGGAGGACUUGCAGGCUUUCCUAAGAGAGAGGAGAGUGAACAUGAUGCUUUUGGUGCUGGUCACAGUUCUACUAGCAUUUCUGCUGGUUUAGGAAUGGCUGUUGGUCGUGACUUGCUCGGAAAGGAAAACCAUGUGAUUGCAGUGAUUGGGGAUGGAGCCAUGACUGCAGGACAAGCAUACGAAGCCAUGAACAAUGCUGGCUACCUAGACUCCAAUCUUAUCAUAGUCCUGAAUGACAACCGCCAAGUUUCCCUCCCCACAGCCACUUUUGACGGCCCUGCUCCACCCGUUGGGGCACUCAGUCAAGCCCUUACAAGGCUACAAACUAGCAGGAAGUCUCGUCAACUCCAUGAAGUCGCAAAGGGAGUGACCAAUAAAUUGGAGGAUCAAACACAUGAAGUUGCAGCGAAAAUGGACUUGUAUAUGAGAGAAAUGGUGGGUGGUAAUGAAGCUUGCAUCUUUGAAGACCUUGGGCUCUAUUAUGUUGGUCCAGUAGAUGGACACAAUGUUGAAGAUCUUAUCAAUGUUUUCAAUAAGAUCAGGUCUACGCCAGCAACAGGACCUGUUCUCAUCCACAUUGUUACUGAGAAAGGCAAAGGCUACCCUCCUGCAGAAAAUGCACCCGAUAAGAUGCACGGUGUUGUGAAUUUUGAUACUCAGUCAGGAAAACAAUUCAAAACGAAAGCUAGGACCCUCUCAUAUACCCAAUAUUUUGCGGACUCUUUGGUUGCCGAGGCACAAAGAGAUGACAAAAUAGUCGCUAUUCAUGCAGCUAUGGGAGGAGGCACAGGCCUUAACACAUUCCAAAACCAGUUCCCUAAGAGGUGUUUUGAUGUUGGCAUAGCCGAGCAGCACGCUGUCACCUUUGCUGCUGGUUUAGCAACUGAAGGGCUCAAACCAUUUUGUGCUAUUUAUUCAUCUUUCCUUCAAAGGGGUUAUGAUCAAGUAAUUCAUGAUGUUGAUCUUCAAAAACUUCCAGUGAGAUUUGCCAUAGAUAGGGCUGGUUUUGUUGGAGGAGAUGGUCCAACUCAUUGUGGUGCAUUUGAUACAACUUUCAUGGCUUGCUUACCGAACAUGGUAGUGAUGGCUCCUUCUUCUGAGUCUGAGCUCAUGCACAUGGUUGCCACAGCUGCAGCCAUUGAUGACCGGCCUAGCUGCUUUAGGUACCCGAGAGGCAAUGGCAUAGGUUCAAUCCUCCCUGUAAAUAACAAAGGAACCCCAAUUGAGGUUGGAAGGGGAAGAGUGCUUAAGGAGGGAAGUAGAGUGGCAUUAUUGGGCUAUGGAACCAUAGUACAAAGUUGUUUAGCAGCAAGUGAACUUCUUCAAGUGCUCGGUAUCUCAGUGACUGUGGCGGAUGCACGGUUUUGCAAGCCGCUCGAUGGAGGUUUGGUCAGGCAACUAGCAAAAGAGCAUGAGGUCCUCAUCACUGUCGAAGAAGGAUCUAUAGGAGGAUUCAGCUCUCACGUUUCACAUUUCUUGGCCUUGAAUGGGUUACUUGAUGGAAACCUCAAGUGGAGGGCUAUGAUGCUACCUGACAAAUAUAUCGAACAUGGCUCUCAAUCAGACCAGAUUGUGGAGGCUGGCCUCACCCCAAAACAUAUUGCAGCAAAGGUUCUGUCGUUCAUUGGCGACAAGAAGAAUAGUCUCCAUCUUGUCAACUUAUAGUAUGUGUUAGCCAUCAUAAUUAGAUUUCU